UCGGACCCCUGGGACCCGCCAUGGGGAACCGGGUCACCCGGGAGGACUUCGACUGGGUCUACACCGACCAGCCACACACCGCCCGGCGCCGGGAGAUCCUCGCCAAGUACCCGGAGAUCAAGCGGCUGAUGGGCCCGGACCCGCAUCUGAAGUGGGUGGUGACCGCUUUGGUCCUGGCUCAGCUCCUGGCCUGCUACCUGGUCCGGGCGGCCGCCUGGAAGUGGGUCUUCUUCUGGGCCUACGCCGUCGGGGGUCCCGUGAACCACGCGCUGACCCUGGCCAUCCACGACAUCUCCCACAACGCGGCCUUCGGCAACCGCGCCCCGGGCCGGAACCGCCUGUUCGCCCUCUUCGCCAACCUGCCCGUGGGCGUGCCCUACGCCUCGUCCUUCAAGAAGUACCACGUGGACCACCACCGCUACCUGGGCGGGCGGGGGCUGGACGUGGACGUGCCCACGGCGCUCGAGGCCCGCCUGUUCUGCCGGCCGGCCGGCAAGCUGGCCUGGCUGGUGCUGCAGCCCCUCUUCUACGCGCUGCGACCCCUCUGCGUGCGGCCCCUGCCGCUCAGUCGCCUGGAGGCCCUCAACGGGGCCGUCCAGCUGGGCUGCGACGCCGCCCUCUGGGCCGCCUGGGGUCCCAAGCCGCUGGUCUACCUGGUCGGGGGGUCGCUGCUGGCCAUGGGGCUGCACCCCUUCUCCGGGCACUUCCUGGCGGAGCACUACGCCUUCGUCCGGGGCGCGGGAGCCGGCGAGACCUUCUCCUACUACGGCGUCCUCAACUGGUUCACCUUCAACGUGGGCUACCACGUGGAGCACCACGACUUCCCCAGCGUGCCCGGGAGCCGCCUGCCCCUGGUGAGGAAGAUCGCGGCGGAGUACUACGACCCGCUCCCGCACCACACGUCCUGGUGCCGGGUGCUCUGGGACUUUGUAUUCUGCUCGUCCCUGGGGCUUUACUCCCGGUUGGUCCGCGAAUACCCUCUGUCCCGGCCUUCCCUGGAGUCCCGGGAUUCCCCGUCCUUCGCCCCGGCCGAGGGGACGGACAGCUGAGCGGAGACCGGGCACGACUCGCCCGGUUCCCUCUCCCCCAGCGAAGGACUUGGGAAGCGGGGGACCUGGGUUCCCUCGCUUGACUUUGAGGGAGGGGAAGAAGGGAGUCCCGGGAGGCUGCCCGACUGGAAUUGGAGGAUGAAGGACUGGGAAUGAGUUUGAGCAUCUUCCAUGACUAUUUAUUGCGCCCUCAAGGGCGGUCGUGCGUGUGUAUAUGUGUGCGUGGAUAUGCGUGGGCAACCUGGAAGGGAAUGGUCUCUCUAAUAUUGAACCACAGAGGUGGGAUGGUGUCUGUAGGGCUGCGAAGGUGGGAGAAGAGAGGCCAGUGGGGCUCUGAGUUUGGGGUAGGAUUUCCUCCUCCCCCUUAUUUAUUCUGGGGUAAUCCCUGCCAUCACACCCUCCUCUGAGCUGCCCAAAUUCCCCCCCACUCCCUCUGGUGAAUGCGGGUUAGCGAUCUCCCACUGCUCCUUGAUAACCAGAGUCACUCGGCUCCCGGGGACACGGUUAAGGAUCCAGGCCCCUGAGACUCCCCAGAAAGGAGCCAUGGGAGAUGUGAAGGCCCACGCGGUCUUCCGACGGGGGCCCUAGAAGUUUCUGAUGGAGGAAAAGUGACUGGAAUAGGUAGGGAAGUCUAGAAGGGCUUCCUGGAGGAAGGUUCCACAACGGAAUUUGAAGGGAGCGGGGGAGGAAGAGCCUAAGGAAGAUGGGAGGGAAUUUCCAGGUCCCCACUACUGGGCGGCUUUAGCCAUACCCUAUCAUACUAUUUCUCCCUGCUUUCCCAACCCCAUCCCAUACAGACCUGGGCGUUUACGUUAGAUGGAGAGGACGGAAGAGACUCUCAGCCUCUCACCCCACCUCUCCCACCUCUAUCCCUCCCACUGCGGUUUCAUCCCAAAUAAGGCCGACCCCAGCCUGGAUUUUCCUCCCGUUCCGUGGUCAUUCUGGAGGCACUGGGAGCUGGAUCCCAGCUGGAUUUGAUCCCCGGUCACCGUCCCCACGGGCCCUGGUUCUCCAACUCUCCCGAUGGGGCCACGAAUGCAUGGGGUUGUAUCUGAUUGCGUCUUUGCACGAAGGGGUCCGCUCCCUCCUCCGCUAGAGCGGGGAGGAGGUGGGGGCGCACACAGUUGUGUGAGACAGGCGGGCAGAUGGCGGCAGAUGAAGUUACAUAUUGUAAUUAAUAAAAGCGAAAUUACUAA